AAGAAAACCGGCAAUUAAAAACCGAACUUCAUAGAGAGUCUUCUUUACGCAUUCUCCGUCAUUCGGUUAAGUUGCAUCGAUCGUUAGGGUUUUAUCGAGAGAGCAAGGAGAGCGAUUUCUCAAAUCGACUUUAAUGGCUGACGACGAUUACAAUGAAGUCGAUGACUUGGGAUAUGAAGAUGAGCCAGCAGAGCCUGAGAUCGAAGAAGGAGUAGAGGAAGAUGCUGAUAUCAAGGAGAACGAUGAUGUUAAUGUUGACCCUUUGGAAACAGAAGAUAAGGUUGAAACAGAACCUGUGCAACGCCCACGUAAAACCUCUAAGUUUAUGACUAAGUAUGAACGUGCACGUAUCCUCGGCACUCGUGCUUUGCAGAUUAGCAUGAAUGCUCCUGUUAUGGUUGAGUUGGAGGGUGAGACUGAUCCACUUGAGAUUGCGAUGAAAGAGCUUAGGCAAAGGAAGAUUCCAUUUACCAUUAGACGUUAUCUACCUGAUAUGAGUUACGAGGAAUGGGGAGUUGAUGAACUGAUCGUCGAAGACUCGUGGAAACGUCAAGUCGGUGGUGAUUGAUAAAAUCUGGCCUAUGUGUUUUGCAAAGCUUUCUGCUCUUGUAUGGAUUAUGAACUUACGAUAUAGUCGCAUGUAGAACUUCUUCAUUUGUCCUAUUCUCCAACACUACAAGAGUCAGGGACUCCAACAAAAAUGCAUGAACAACAAAUUUUUUGUCCCAAGUUGUUUUUGGACAUGGGUUUCGACAAGCCUGCAUGUACAUAUACAAAGAAAGAAAAUCCUUCGUGAAACCAAAAGAAGAAAACAUCUAUAAUAGUUUGAGUAUUGAGUAAGUACAACUCAAUUGAUAAACCUUUUCUCUCACACUUCCCAGCUUUUGUCGUCUCACAGAGUCAGAUCGAUUGAUGCAUAAAUGAGUGAUGCUAAAAAUCAAAAAG